GGAAUAUUGGACCAUCAAUUCCAUUUUACACAGAAAUAUUUGUUCUUAUGGUGAUGUUUAAAAAUGUAACCUACCCGUGUAACACUUAUUUACAACACAUGCAAAGUAAAAUUAUCUUUACAAUCUUUUGUUUUAUAUCGUUUAUCAAUAUGAUUUGAAUACUCCUCCCAGAAUACCAUAGAAGUCCCGUUCGGGCUGCAAGCGUGUUAGGCUACCGCAACAUCAACAUCCUCACCAUCAACAUCCUCACCGUGGACCAAAGUGGGAUUGACAGCAUUAGAGCAAGGAGCUUCAAAUUGGUCGAUGCUGGUCCUGAUGCAAGACGCAUCGGUGAAUACGGGAAGUCUUUAACCAAUGUUUGACCACGAAAAGGGGAACUCGCAUUCAAAUCGACGCUAUCAAACGAUAGCAGCCAGACCAUUCGUCAAUCUAUUGUUUUCCUUUUAAGCAGGUAACGUUAGACUAGGAUUCAGCCUAGCGCCAAUCGUUGAAUUGACAGGGAUGUCGAUCAAGAUUGAAUUUCAGCGAAUGACAAAGGAAAGAAGUGCUUAAUUCCAUCUCAGUAAAAUUGCAGUAAACUUCGCGAUAGUUAGCCUAGAGAAAGUUAUUUGGGUUAUCUGGUUGGAAAUAACCUAGUGCUGUGGACAUGGCGGAUGCUGCUGAGUGCGGUGUAAAAGUGAUGUGCCGAUUCAGGCCUUUGAAUGAAUCGGAAACCAACAGAGGAGACAAAUACAUCCCGAAAUUCAAAGGAGAAGACACGGUGGUAAUAACGGGCAAGCCUUAUGUGUUUGACCGAGUCCUGCCACCCAACACAGCCCAGGAGCAGGUCUAUGAUGCCUGCGCCAAGCAGAUCGUCAAAGAUGUGUUGGGUGGGUACAAUGGAACCAUCUUUGCCUAUGGCCAGACCUCAUCAGGCAAGACUCACACCAUGGAGGGCAAGCUCCAUGACUCCCAGCUGAUGGGUAUCAUCCCCCGUAUCGCCAGGGACAUCUUUGACCACAUCUACUCCAUGGACGAGAACCUGGAGUUCCACAUCAAGGUCUCCUAUUUUGAAAUCUACUUAGACAAGAUCAGAGACUUAUUGGAUGUGUCAAAGACCAACCUAGCAGUGCAUGAGGACAAAAACAAGGUGCCCUAUGUUAAGGGCUGUACGGAGCGCUUUGUGUCCAGUCCAGAAGAGGUUAUGGAUGUCGUCGAUGAAGGAAAAUCCAAUCGUCACGUGGCUGUUACAAACAUGAAUGAGCACAGUUCUCGCAGUCACAGCAUCUUCCUGAUCAACAUCAAGCAGGAGAAUGUAGAGACAGAACUGAAGCUGUCAGGAAAACUCUACUUGGUGGAUCUGGCUGGCAGUGAGAAGGUCAGUAAAACUGGGGCAGAGGGAUCUGUGUUGGACGAGGCCAAGAAUAUCAAUAAGUCCCUCUCCGCCCUGGGGAACGUCAUAUCAGCUCUGGCCGAGGGAACUAAAACCCACGUGCCCUACAGAGACAGUAAGAUGACCCGUAUCCUGCAGGACUCUCUGGGGGGAAACUGUAGGACCACCAUCAUCAUCUGUGCCUCCCCCUCUGUCUACAAUGAGGCUGAGACCAAGUCCACCCUCAUGUUUGGACAGAGAGCUAAGACCAUUAAGAACACAGUGUCAGUGAACCAAGAGCUGACAGCUGAGGAGUGGAAGAAGAAGUAUGAGAAGGAGAAAGAGAAGACUAAAGGCUUGAAAUACGUGAUCCAGAAGCUUGAGACCGAGCUCAAACGCUGGAGGAAAGGUGAGGCUGUUCCAGUGGAGGAACAGCUGAGCAGUAAGGAGAAGAAGAGCAACAGUGGUGACGCCAUGGCCACGCCCAUGAUUGACACCAUCGCCCCACCCCCUAUCCCGCUAUUGGACGAGGAGAAGACCCGAUACGAGGGGCUCAUCACCGACUUGUACCAGCAGCUGGAUGACAAGGAUGAUGAGAUCAACCAACACAGUCAGCUGGCGGAGAAGUUCAAAGAGCAGAUGAUCGAUCAAGAUGAGCUGCUGGUUUCGGCCCGUAAGGACUAUGAGAAGCUGCAGGAGGACCUGUCCAGGCUGCAGAGGGAGAACGAGGCGGCCAAAGAGGAGGUGAAGGAGGUGCUGCAGGCCCUGGAGGAGCUGGCUGUUAACUACGACCACAAGAGCCAGGAAGUGGAGAACAAGAACCGCUCCAACAACCAGCUCAGUGAGGAACUCAACCAGAAGAGCACCACUCUGGAGGGGGUGCAGAGGGAGCUGUCCAGUCUACAGGAGCUCAGCAGUCACCAUAAGAAGAGAGCAGCAGAGAUCCUCAGUCUACUGCUCCGAGACCUCAGUGAGAUAGGAGGCAUCAUCGGCACCAGUGACCUCAAGGCUAUGAUGGAGGUGAAUGAGGUCAUCGAGGAGGAGUUCACCAUGGCCCGUCUUUACAUCAGCAAGAUGAAGUCGGAGGUCAAGUCUCUGGUGAACCGCAGCAAACAGCUGGAGAGCUCCCUUGUCGACACCUCCCGCAAGAUGCAGGCCAAUGAGAAGGAGCUGGCCUCCUGUCAGUUACUCAUCUCCCAGCACCAGGCUAAGAUCAAGUCUCUGACAGACUACAUGCAGAACAUGGAGCAGAAGAAGAGACAGCUGGAGGAGAGCCAGGACUCCCUGAUGGAAGAGCUACACGCACUACAUGCACAGGAGAAAAUGAAAGAGGUACAUGUGAUGGAUAAGCAGAAGGAGCACCUGACCAAACUACAGGAUGCAGUGGAGAUGAAGAAGACCCUAGAGGAGCAGAUGGAGAACCACAGAGAGGUGCAUCAGAAGCAGCUGUCUCGCCUGCGGGAUGAGAUCGACCACAAGCAGAGGGUCCUGGACGAGCUCAAGGAUCUGAACCAGGGGCUGCAGCUGGAACAGAGCAAGCUGCAGUCAGACAAUGACAAACUGAAGGCCGAGGAGCUGGAGAAGGACGAGCAACUGCAGAAGCUUGUCUUCUUGAAUGAGAAGAGAGAGCAGGCCAAGGAGGACCUGAAGGGGCUGGAAGAAACUGUGGCCAAGGAGCUUCAGACCCUGCACAACCUGCGCAGGCUUUUCAUCCAAGAGCUCACCUCCCGCGUCAGCAUGAGUGCAGAGAUGGAUAAUGAUGAGGCUGGGGGCAGUCUGGCUCAGAGACAGAGGAUCACCUUCCUGGAGAACAACCUGGAGCAGCUCACCAAGGUCCACAAACAGUUGGUGCGUGAUAACGCCGACCUGCGCUGUGAGCUGCCCAAGCUGGAGAAACGUUUGCGGGCUACGGCUGAGAGAGUCAAGGCCUUGGAAGCAGCCCUGAGGGAGGCCAAAGAGAGUGCCAUGAGGGACCGCAAACGCUACCUGCAGGAGGUGGACCGCAUCAAAGAGGCCAUGCUCUCCAAGAAUGCCUCCAGGAGGGGGCACUCUGCACAAAUAGCUAAGCCCAUCCGUGCUGGACAUCAGCAGCAGUCCACAUCCUCUCCCUCAGCGGGUCAUUCCAUCCGUGGAGGCUCUAUCCGCGGGGGUGGAGGGGUGUCCAGCCCUCACCACCACCGCCACCCGGCCUCUCCAUCACCCCACCGUCAGCAGCAGCAGCGCAGCAAAUAAAGCACAGCUGCAGAUGGAAGCUGGAUUUUCCAGCUGGAUGUACAGACCAUAUCUCCUCUCCAUUUGGGACCGGACCCCACUCCAGGACUGUCUGGGAUAUUCUCUUUCCCCAUGGACCUUGCUAUCUCUCUCUCUCUAACCACUGGGACCAAUCCUC